AUGGAUGACUGGAGUGGGAUUGACAAGAUUGACAGUUCACUUUGCAAAGCUUUGCGUGGUGUUUUCAGCUCACCUUUGCAUGUUUCUGCAGCUUUUGAUGAACUGGAAGCCGCACAGGGACUAGUGGAUGAUGCACUGGGCAAUAGCUACGGUGCUGCGAGGAGAGAUGCAAUUGCAAGAGCACUUUUGGAUUGGAAGGAUACCUCAGGUGGUCGGCUUGAGUUCAUGCGUCGAGAGGGCAUGCAGGAACGUGUAUCCCAUGGGAAGCUUGCAGAGCACUCCAGUCAUAUAAAUAGCAUAUCUGAUAGUUACGAUGGCAUAGUUGCAAGUAGCCCCAUGCUGGGUUUGGCUUCACUGGAGGGUCAGCUGGCGAAGCGUGCAAAGACUGGCAACACAGCCAGAGCAGAUGAGGAGGACAGAUCGAAGAAGAAAUGGGCCCUGCAUUUGGCUGAGAUAAUAGUGGAGGCCAAGCUUCCAGCAGUUGCGGCAUUCACUGGAUUGCCCAAUGCAAAUGCUGCUUGGGUGAGGGCAUUUGGUUCUCGCCGUUCAAAGACGUUGCGCAAUAGAGCUAGGGCCUGGAAGAAGCUGCGUGAUUGGCUGAUUAUUACAACAGGGACACCUUGGCCAUCGGGAGUGGCUAUCCUUUUGCAAUAUUUGGAAGAGCGGAAUGAAGUCCAACCCAUGGGCAAAACUGUACCGAUGUCAAUACAUUCAACGUUGGCAUUAUUGGAACUGGUUGGACAAGUCCCGUCAGAGGCUCGUAUUUCAGAGGAUCAGCUAUGGCUGGAAUCAGUGAAGUCUUGGACUGCUGAGUUGAGUAGAGAUGCACCGCCAAGGCGACAGGCGGACCUGUAUACAGUUGCAAUCGCUGUGAGUUCAGAACUGACGCUUGCAAAUGAAGCGGCUCCACUUGGACAGAGAUUUUAUUCCUUUGUACUGCUCUUGCUCCUUUGGGGUACAAUGCGUUGUGAUGAUUUACAGAAUGUGGAUCCAGCUUCUUUGGAGUUGUCUCAGUUGGGACUACGUUUUGUGCUGCGCAGAACUAAGACUAGCGGUCCUGGAAAGCCUGUAGGUGAACUUCAAGGUUUCAUUGCGAGAGAUAUCAGUUUGUCAGGUGUUGAUUGGUUGCGUUUAGGCAUGGAGCUACUGGAAGAGGAAGAGUUGAAUUUUCCUAGGGAUUUCUUUGCGAUUGGUUUUGCACAUGAAUGGGACAAACCUGAACGCAGUUUCCUGGAACCUGAGGGCUUAGCUACGAUGUUAAGGAAGCUGCUGUUGACACUCCCCGCGGUGGGGCGCAAGAUCAGCGGUCUGAGCCUCAUUCAGGGAACCAUGUUGAUUUCACCGGAAAUGGGUUCUUUCUGGACCGGUCACAGUGCCAGACACACCUUGCCGUCUUGGGCAGCUGCAGCAGGUGUCGGUAAAGAGGACCGUGACUACUUAGGCAGAUGGAGUUAUGCGAAACAUGGUUCACAGGAUUAUGUUUUGACUUCUAGGCAAGUUGUGCACCGCAUACAGCGAGCUGUUUGUAAGUUCAUCCUGGAGGGCCUUCCGCAACCAGGACUUGUCGAAGAGGAGUUGAUGGAACGUAUCAAGUCAUUUGCAGUCAAGGUAAAUGCUGGUCCACUGACAACGGCCAGAAAACAUGCUGUUUUGGUUUGGACACUUGCUGGAAGUGCUUGGCAUUUAGGUGGUGAGUUUCCCUUGCUUGACACGGGUCCAGUUGCGGCGCCCAUGGAGGUUGCACCUGAAACCGAGUCGUUUGAGCCCCAGGAUCCAGAUGUUUUGCCAGAGGAGCGCUGCUUGGUGACACAACCAGUUUACUCAUUGAGUGGUGAUGUUGCUGACGCUGUUUGCAAACUGUGCAAACCCAAACUGACAGAGGGGAAGCAGAGGGCCAUGAACGCACCAGCAGGUGUUACAGAGAAUGAUAUGCGUGCCUUCUUGCACGACAGAGUGGAAGCUGAUUUGGCAUACAUCUUACAAGAGAACGGUGUGCCAUUAGCCUUGCAGUACAAUCUCACCCAGGUGUUUGGCCAGCUCAGGCGCUUCAGUGCCAUUGCAGACACCCGACAGGGAGUGAGGCAAGCUUUGAGAGAGGAUUUGCAGGUCCAGGAAAACAGUUUGCAGAAUAGAGCUGCAGUGGCUGGAGUUGUAGCUGCUUGGGAAGCCUCCCGAGAGUAUGCAGCUAAGCAGGCAGAACUCAAAGCAGAAGCCAGGUUCCUAGGGGUCGCAAGGCCGGUGACUCAGACGGAUAGGGCAGCCAUGCGGGCAGCUUACAUUGCAACACAUGGAGAGAUCGAAGAGACGUACGAGCCUUCAGAUGACUAUCUUUCUUCAAAGAUUGAGGAAUUGGAAGCUCAUGAGCCAGUGGCGUCUUAUUUGAAUGAGGUCACUAGCAAGAAGACAGCCAAAACCAUGGGCAUUCAGACAUCCUAUUUCACCAGUCCGAUUGCCUUGCAAGGAAAAUCCGGACGGGCAGAAGAUGCCUCUUCGAACAACAAUCGCAACUGGCGCCGACCUGAGUUUCCUGGAGGCAAUGGGCCACCGAAUAAGUGGCACAAAGGAACUGGCAAGAAAGGUGGCAAAGGCAAGUCGAAACAACGUCAAGGAGGCAAAGGUGGAUCUGAGCACUCUAUGGUUUCCUUUACAGAUGACAAUCGACAGAUUUGUUUUGCAUACAAUGCACAAGGCUGCAAAGGCGGCUGCGGCAGAGUUCAUGUUCGUAGGCUUAAAGAGCUCGAUAUUGAGCUUCACCAUUCCCAUGACUUGUCAAAGACAGAACUGUGGGAUGAUCUAUUCAAGGACAUUGAUCAAGGGCUUGUGGACGUUUUGUUGGUUUCACCACCAUGCAAUACAUUCAGCAGGGCAAGGCACCACUUUCGACAAGGAGGUCCAAGACCACUACGGUCAGCUACUUGGCCGUUGGGCUUCCCUUGGUUACGCAUGACAGAUCAAGAAACGGUGCAAACUGCAAAUUUCUUUAUUUUUCAAUGUUUGGAAGCUGCAAAGCGAAUGCAUGCGCAAGGACGGUUUUACUGGUGGGAACACCCUGAGGAUUUGGGAAAGACAAGGGCAGGAGAUUACCCUGCGUCAAUCUGGCAGUUGCAGGCUUUGCGACAGUUGGUGCAGGCGACACAGGCCGCUUCCUGGGCCAUACAUCAAUGCAUCUUUGGGGCUCCCACCUCCAAACCGACCAGGUUGAUUUCAAAUUUACCAAAUUGUUUGCAACAUGGUGUGAACUGGGCGACUUUUGAUGAAGCUGGCUUUUACACAGGACCAUUGGGGAAAUGUCCCCACAUCUCGCACCCACCACUUCUGGGAUUUAAUGUGGAAUUGCAGAAGUGGAACACAGCUGAUUCAGCGGCAUAUCCUGAAGAAAUGUGCAAAUCAAUAGCGCUUCCACAGUGCAUGGCUGCGCAGGGGGUACAUGACACUGCAACAGCGCCUGCUACAGAUACACCUACAACCACUGCACCUUCAACAGCCAAGACACCUGCCACCACUUCUACCAACCCUUCAACGGUCAUCCAGGACACCACAUCAACGACCUCUUCAACUGCGCUUCACAAGGGCAAGGGGCCCGUGUCUGGAUCGACUGGAUUCAGUGAGCCAGCCAAUGGGGAAGCUGAGAACGAAGGCAACAAGCCCCAUGGAGAGAUUUGGAUAUCAUCAGGUGAAGAUCAGAUAGCUGGAAGUGGGCAGGUGCAAGAGGAUACGGUGUUUGACAGUACAACCUCUUCGUGUUUUGGACAGCCCAUCAUUUGCAGAUACGAAGGUUGCAAGAAAGAGUUCACUGAUGGCUUUGGAUUGUGCUCACCAGGCAGGUGGUUACCAGGGGCCCGCAAUUAUCUGGCUAAAGGUUCAGCAACAAAGCAUGCUGAACAAGUUGUAGAGAUCCUUCACGAUUUCUUGGUGAAGGAGAUUGGGGACUUACGGAAGGAAGCAUUUCGCUUGGCACUUGGGCAUUAUCAGCAAUCCCCUUUUGGUCCGGAACAGUUGCAGACAUUGAGAAAGAAGAUAGCCACCUUGCUCAGACCGGGAGAUGAAGAUGCUUUACUUGUGCAGCCACCGCGGCAACCUUUCUUUCUUUAUUUGCUUGCAGAAUCUUUGAGGGAGCUGGAUGAUCCCGAUUGGGAGAUACUGGUCCAAGGGGAAGAAUGUUUUGCAAAGGGAGUGCCGCUUGGUGUGGAGACCGAGCUUCCAAGAACUCCCCAGGUGUUCAGGCGCAGAGAGAAGUUUAGGCAGCUGGACAUCACUGACUUUCAACCGGACAUGAAAAACUAUGCUACGGCAGAGCUUUCUUCGGAAGAGUUGGAGGCGCACUUCAGAAAGGACGAAUUGCUGGGGAGGAUGCUUCCCACGACUCUAGCGGAGGCCAAGAUGGAGUACGGUGAAGAAGCAGUACUCAUUGCAGCAAUGGGAGCAAUACAGAAACCAGAUGGUAGUGUGCGCCCCUUGCAUGAUGGCACACACGGCAUUGGGCUCAACAACAAGAUCAAAAUACUUGACCGCCUGGAAGUUCCAGGACCAGAGGAGAUCAUAGAGUUGGUGGCCCUUGCAGCAGAGUCCCGUGAAGCUGCCUUCUGUCUUUCAGCAGAUAUAAGCCAGGCGCAUCGAUGCGUGCUCAUACGUAAGGCUGACUGGGCACGGUUAGCAUGUCGCUCAAAAUCAGAUUCACGAACAUUGUGGCUGAAUUGUGUUGGCACCUUUGGAGUUUCAAGCGCAGCAUACUGGUGGACUAGAUUAUUUGCUUGCGUGGGACGAUGGGUCCUAAGGAUUUUGGAUAGGAGACAGACGAUGCAGCUGGCAUACGUCGACGACGUGCACUUGCUUUGCCUGGGCCCACAGAAAUUUGUAGCACUCUGGCUGAGCAUACUGGCAUAUGAGAUCAUGGGCACACCAUUUGCGUACCACAAAUUCAGAGGUGGCCUCAAUGUGGAGUACGUUGGUUACCAGAUGGAAUAUGACCGACAAGUGGCAGGCAUUUCAAAGAAGAGAGCAGAAUGGGUCAUCAAGUGGAUCGAUGAUGCAGAAAGGAACGGAUGGAUGGUGCAAGGGAGAUCAUUUAUAGAGUUCACUGGAAGGUUGUCAUUUGUUGCGAGGGUGGUCACUUGGAUCAAACCAUUUCUGGCUCCACUCUUUGCUUGGACAUCGGUGCUUGCACGGGGAACCGUCACAAGGGUUCCCACCUUGGUCUUUAUUUCUUUGAGAUUUUUGCGGCGGCAGAUACAACACCAUGGACACUGGGUGAAUGUGCUGGCACCUUGGCAGUCUCCCAGUGAGGCAUUCCGUACGGAUGCGAAGUGCGAGGACGGACGGAUUGUCCUAGCUGGAUGGUCUCUGGAAGCUGGAGUGGAAGACUUGAAGAGAUCAUCAUGGUUUUGCUUGGAGGUAUACCCUACGGAUCUUCCCAUGUUCUUCAAAGAAGAUGGCUCGUCGCAGUGGUGCUCUACUGCGGCAGAACUCAUGGCAUCGUACGCAGCUGCGUGCGCUUUCGGCUAUUUGAAGGGAGAGAAACGGGUGAAGAAUCUGAAACUGGCGAUCACUGGCGGGACUGACAACAAGUCUAAUCAGUCCUUGCAGAACAAGAACAUGUCAACGAAAUGGCCGUUGUUAGCGGUUCACAUGCAAGUUUCGGCGGAGUUGCUUUCAUGCGGAACAAGGAUGAAAUUGCGCUGGAGACCAAGGGAGCAGAAUGUUCCUGCCGACUCCCUCACCAAUCAAGACUUCAGUUUAUUUGAGUCGGAUAACCGUAUUCCCAUCACCUUGGGAGACCUUCCUCUGGAACUGCUGAAGGAGCUUUGUUCGGCGAGAGAUGAGUUUGUUGAAGCGAGAGAUGGCCAGUCUUUACGUGACAACCGAAUCGAAGUUUACACUGCGGAACAACUGGAUCGAUAUGAGCAGCUUUUCGAUCUACCACUGACCCGUACCAUUUUCGGUCUGGGUGUACAACAGAGCAUUAGCUUUGUGACCUUUCUGACCAUUGGUGACGUUUGCAUCCUACGCGUUUGCUGCUUCGCCAUCGCAGUCGAAAUUCACGAUGUCAUCGAUGACAUGACUUUGGUUGGAUUGGAAAUACAACAGUCUCCCAUUGAGGGGCAGACUCAGACAGAUGCUUGA